AUGAUUUGGGUUACAUUCUUGAAGGAAACGUUUGAAGCUUUCAGCAAGUUUAAGGCAUUCAAAUCCUUAGCGGAGAAAGAAACUGGUAAGAAUCUUAAGUGCCUGAGAUCUGACUGGGUUGGAGAAUUCAUAUCUACAAAAUUUGUGAAAUACUGUUAUGAGCAUGGAAUGAAGAGACAACUGUCCGCACCAAGGACACCACAGGAGAAUGGAAUUGCAGAAAGGAGGAACCAAAUUAUAGUUGAGGCAGCUAGAACAAUGUUGAUACAAGGAGAUGUACCUAAAAUGUUUUCUAGAGAAGUUUUUAGCAUUGCAGUAUACACAAUGAACUGGGUAUUGGUUAAAAAAGGUAAAAAUAAGAAGUCAUCUCACACCAAGCACGAGCCUAAUCCUGCUUUGAACUUUUCUGCUCCUCGAUAUACAAGGUCACGGAGUGUUGCACAGAAAAAAAUGGACCAGGUCAAAGACAUAGAGGUAAAAGACAACAUCCUUGAUACUCAAAUUUUUGAGGUCAAGGACCUUGAUAGUGACAUUGUCAACACCAUGGAUUCUCAUGCAAUCACUAUAGCCAUGACACCACCACCUAAAGUAACCAGAGGAACAGCGAGUUCAAGUACAACUCCCAAAUGGUUAACUACUUUAGUGACAGAAAGACAGAUUAUGAUGAAUUGCAGGGAAUACACAGUGCAGCACAGAGAAGUAACAGAUUAUGAUGAUUUUGCAGCGCACAGUGUUAAUGAAAACAGCUCGAGAUUGCAAGGAGAGAACUUAUGA